AUGGCCUCUGCGGGACCAGAACACGCUAAUCUGGGCCCCAAACAGGAGAAGAGCUUCAGGCUCGAGUCAGGCACCCUUCCGGCAGGGGGAGCUCAGCCAUACCGGGUCUGGCACCUCACUCAGCAGCAGGCGAAACCCAUCUGGAAUUUAGAGAAGAGGUAUGUGAGUGCUUUCCAGGAUCACAACCUGCUGCCCUCAGGGAUCCCUCUGCAGCAAUCCUCCUUCUUGUGCCCACCGUCCCUAUGCCACACACACCCCGGUGAAGACACCCUCCCAAGCCUGCCCUUGGCGAAGCCCUGCCUGGACCUGAGUGGGAGUGCUCUGCUUUACCGACGCUCCUGCCUCAGACCCAAGCCCUACAGGUUUCCUUUCCGAAGCUCUCCAGACACCAGCUCUGCCACAGGAAGGGUGAUGUCUUCCUUGCUGAUGGAGCCCUGCCUGCUGCCUGCACUGACGGAGGAGCACGCUGGGACUGGGGUGAAAGGCUCUGCCCUCAGCUCAGGUCCACAGGCUUCCAGCUCCUGUAGACCAUUGCUCAAUAAUAACUCCUUCCUACGGCCAAGCAGUGCUAAAGUGCCUUUGCUGCAGUCACCAGAGAUCAAGAAGGUGAAAAACACCCAUGGCUUCCCUGCUCCCCCGUGUUGCCACUCUGGGGAUGAUGGAGACAGCUUCCCUGGCAGUCUAGUCAACAGAGCAGUGAAAAGCAGCGACCUUGUGUUGGAGCAAACCGCGGUCCCCUCCCCAACACUUGUGCCCAGCGGUGCUAUCCUCAGGAAGGACCGGUGCUCGUGGGAGGAUGCUGAGAGGAGAGCACACAGCUUAAAAGAGGAGACAGAGAUCAGCCUCACGGAGGCUGUGCAGGAGCUACCUGGACAGACUGCCACAUGCAAUGGCUUUGGACGCGACGUCGAAAGCUCUGGCCUUACAAAUGUGGGCAGCCUGUCCAACCGGAACAGCAGGUGGGGGCAGCACAUCAUAGCGGAGCUCACCCCAAAAGAAACCGUCGCUCCUCUGAACUUAGAGCAUCGCCUUAAUGGUAACUCAAGCCUUAUAGGCACCAAUGGUGCCAUCGUCUGCACUAAGCGUAUCAGUGUCCAUCUCUUGGCCUCGCGUGCUGGCUCUCUGGACCACAGUGCUGACUGCCAGCUUGUGAGCAUGCUGAGCUCACGCAGCAGAGACCGGGUGCCGAGGGCAGAGCCUCCAGACCUCGCGGCUGUCUCUGAAGUGGCAACUCAGAUGUCCACCAUCCAACUGGAGAAAGAAGAGAAACAGGCCCAGGCUGUGCUCCUGGGAAAGCUUGAUGUCACUGCUGAGCAGUCACCACUGGAGGCAAGCCAUCCCCAGGAUGAAGCAGAGGAAGAACUUCCUGAUGGCCUGGAUGAGAGCUGCAGUCAGGAGGAGGAUGAGGACAGUGACUCGGAUGCUUCCUCUGUCGCUGGCGUGUCAUCCAGUGGCUCUGUGGCUCUUGUAUCCAGGAAUGGCAUUGAGUGCCUGACCCAGCCCAGUGAGGCUCAGGAGAAAGUGCUCAAACCAGCUCUUGUCUGCAGUUUAUUCCCUAAUGUGCCUCCAACUAUCUACUUCAGUACUCGGGAUGAGAGAGUGGAAAAGCUGCCUUGGGAGCAGAGAAAGCUGCUGCGAUGGAAAAUGUGCACAGUCACACCGAACAUAGUGAAGCAAACCGUUGGCAGGUCCCACUUUAGAGUCAGCAAGAAAAGCAAUGACUGGCUGGGCUGCUGGGGCCACCACAUGAAAUCCCCCAGCUUCAGAGCCAUCAGGGAGCACCAGAAGCUAAACCACUUCCCCGGUUCAUUUCAAAUUGGGAGAAAGGACCGUCUGUGGCGCAACUUGUUGAAGAUGCAGGCUCGCUGUGGGAAAAAGGAGUUUAAUUUCUUCCCCCAGUCCUUCAUCCUGCCCCAGGACAUCAAAUUACUCAGGAAAGCAUGGGAGGAAGGAGCUAGCUGCCAGAAAUGGAUUGUGAAACCACCAGCAUCAGCAAGAGGCAUUGGUAUUCAGGUCAUCCACAAAUGGAGCCAGCUCCCCAAAAGGAGACCGCUGCUGGUACAGAGAUAUCUGCACAAACCCUACCUCAUUGGCGGGAAGAAGUUCGAUCUGAGGAUCUACGUUUAUGUCACUUGCUACGAUCCCCUCAGGGUCUACCUGUUCAAGGAUGGAUUGGUUCGCUUUGCUAGCUGCAAAUACUCCUCCUCGAUGAAGAGCCUCAGCAACAAGUUUGUGCACUUGACCAACUACAGCGUGAACAAGAAGAACACGGAGUACAAGUCCAACUCAGAUGAGACUGCUUGUCAAGGACACAAAUGGGCACUCAAAGCUCUCUGGAGUUACCUGACCCAGAAGGGAGUUAAUAGCGAGGCCAUCUGGGAGAAGAUUAAAGACAUCGUUAUCAAAACCAUCAUUGCAUCUGAGCCCUAUGUGAACAGCCUGGUGAAGAUGUACGUGCGGCGGCCGUAUUGUUGCCAUGAACUGUUUGGGUUUGAUAUCAUGCUGGAUGAAAACCUCAAGCCCUGGAUCUUAGAGGUCAACAUUUCACCAAGCCUCCACUCCAACUCCCCACUGGAUGUGAGCAUCAAGGGCCAGAUGAUCCGGGACGUCCUCAACCUCGCUGGCUUUGUUCUGCCCAGCACAGACAACGUGGCCUCAAGGCCACAGACAAGAAGUGGCUCUACGUGCAGUCUGGGCAGUAUUUUGAAGGAGAAGUCCAAGCCAGCAUCUGAGCAUUUAAUAGCGGAGAAGAUGAAGAAGGCCUAUUACUUGACGCAGAAUAUACCUGACCAGGACUUUUAUUCUUCUGUCUUGGACAUCCUGACCCCAGAUGAUGUCCGUGUCCUGGUGGAGACAGAAGACGAAUAUUCCCGGCGUGGGCAGUUCGAGCGGGUGUUCCCCACCCACAUCUCCAUGCGGUACCUGCGCUUCUUUGAGCAGCCUCGUUACUUCAACAUCCUGGUGACCCAGUGGGAGCUCAAAUACUACUUGAAUAAACACAAAGGUCUGGAGCUACUGAAGAACUGGUGUGUCAAAGGGUACCACACUGGGGCAGGGAUGGAUUUGGCCCAGACGUGGUCAUUGCCAAAGUCUUUCUUUCUCCAGAAGAGCGGCGUUCAAUCAAAUGGCUUCAGCAAACUGGAACUGGGCAGACUGGGCACACUCCUCCCUUCAGCCGGUGAGGACCUCACAAGAUGCCUGGAGCCCAGCCCUGCUCAGAGCUUACCUCUCAACAAGUGCACUGGUGGAGCUGACCAGAAACCUGCUGGCUGCCUCUCGGACACUGCCCUGCUUGGCUCUCCCAACGCUUAG